GGCCCAAGAGAACUAGCAGACAGACCUGUCACUCUCUCACACCUACAGACAUGGCUCCCUGUUCAACCAACUUCUCUUUCCAGCACCUGAGGUUCGCAGAAAAAGACAUUAAGAUAAGGAAACCCAUUGUGGAGAAGAUGCGUCGGGAUCGCAUCAACGGCUGCAUCGAGCAGCUCAAGCUCAUCCUGGAGAAGGAGUUCCACAAACAGGACCCCAACACCAAGCUGGAGAAAGCCGACAUCCUGGAGAUGACCGUGAGCUUCCUGAGGCAGCAGCUGCAGCCGGAUCCAUCUCAGAGGGACUACGGCGAGGGUUAUUCACAAUGUUGUAGGGAGUCUCUGCAGUUCCUGUCCGGAAGCCCCAAGAGAGACACCACUUCCAUCAUCACCUCGGCUGGACCUCUUCAGGGGCUCCAGCAGCAGCUCUCCACCCAGGUCCAGAGAUCCAUCCAGCAGCACCCAGUGGUCCAUUCCACCUCCCCAGUCUCCUCCACCCUCCGACCCACCACUAACACCAACACCACGCUCCAGGACACAGGAGCUAAAGGCCCAGUCUGGAGGCCCUGGUAGAGAAAGACGGUGGACUGAAGUCACUCGAAAACCUGAGGGAAACAAUGGACUGUAUGUCCCUCACUGUGUAGGAAAUAUGCAUUUCCAACCUGCUCAACGUUGUGGGUUUCCUGAGCUCUUAUUUUCUCAUCACAUUGAUGGACAGAUGUGUGUGGCACAUUCGUAGCAUAUUUGAUGUGAGGGUAGUCACUUUUUUGUGAAGGAUGUUUUUUUCUCUUACUUGUUUUAUCAAAUUAGAUUUUCAUUUGCAGUGAAGAAUGUAGCUGACGAUUGAGUUAUGAUCUAUUAUUGUGAAAUGUGCAUUUUUUUUCAUACUCCAAUGGAGUCUAUGUGUUAUAUGACAGAUGUAACAGCAUCUACAAUAGGCUACUGUAUUUUUUACAGCAAUUCUUUGAGGAUAUUUCUCUAUUGUUAUUCAUUGUUUUGUUAUCUUAUGGAUGUAUCUUUUAUAAAAGGCAAUAGUAUGUUUGUAUGCUUUGUAAUAGUACCGUUAUUGUUUUAUAUUGCAUUUAAAGAAGCUCUUAAAACUAUGUAUGACAUUUGUAUGACAAUAAAACUACAAUCAAUUUUAAAUAAAUAAUA